UCUCCCUAGCAUACACUGUGUGUACAGAAGAAGAGGAGGGCUUCAGAAGCCCUCUAGAUUACACACAAACAUGCCAGAGUCCUUUCUGUAGAAAUGGAUUUUUUCCAAAAAGAAAAAGGGACUGGAUUCGUGCUGCCUAAAAUCCACAAGUAAAAUCUUUUUCCCCUAAAAGUUAAAAUCCCAAUAUUCAAUUGAAUUCCAGUUUCAGUUCAUUCUCUCUUCAUAAAAAAUGUUACAAAUCACUUACAAGUCAACAACCCCACUACUCAUAAAUAGGAGAGGUGUAGAGAUGCAGCAACCGGGACAGAUGUUCCCAGUUAUGUCUUCAUUUCCACCUGCUAGUAUUACUACCGAGCAGAUUCAGAAGUACCUUGAUGAGAACAAGAAAUUGAUCUUGGCAAUUAUAGACAAUCAAAAUCUUGGCAAACUUGUUGAAUGUGCCCAGUACCAGGCGCAACUUCAAAAGAAUUUGAUGCAUUUGGCUGCAAUCGCUGAUUCCCAACCGCAGACACCAGCAAUGCCUCCCCAGGAGCAACUUAACAAAGGACAAUGA